UGCACAGGAAGGGGUGACGGUCGGGGGAGCUCCUUGCGAGCCGGCGGAGUCACCGCUGCGCGUUGUACUAUGCGUGUGUCUUGUGUUACAGCCAUGCUGCACAUCGGCGGCCAGAGCGAAGGGCGCGGGGAGGAAAAGGCUGUUUACACAGACUGCAAACCGCCCGGGGAAUAGUGCGGGAGAGGAAGUGAGCCGGGCCGCUGUCUGACUGCCCCGGCUUCCUGCUCGCUCCCUCACACGGGCAGGCGCUCACACACACACACACACACACACACACACACACACACACACACACACACACCCCCACACCCACACACCGGCCCGAGGGGGGAAAAAAAAGAAAAAAAGGGAAAACAAAAUCAGGAUCUCAUUACUAGCGCAACAGAGCGCCUGCCGAAGACUGUCAGCAUGGAGAACCAGGGAAUUUUACUCAGCUCCCUGUAGACUGCCAGGAGAGAGCGGAAAAGUCCCUCAGCCGCUGGGUAUGGAGAGUGCAAUCACACUGUGGCAGUUCCUAUUGCAGUUGCUGCUAGACCAGAAACACGAGCACCUCAUUUGCUGGACAUCUAAUGAUGGCGAAUUCAAACUACUCAAGGCAGAAGAAGUGGCUAAGUUGUGGGGACUCAGAAAAAACAAAACUAAUAUGAACUAUGACAAGCUGAGCCGAGCACUCAGAUACUAUUAUGACAAGAACAUCAUCAAGAAAGUGAUUGGACAAAAAUUUGUAUACAAGUUUGUCUCCUUUCCUGAGAUUUUAAAAAUGGAUCCACAUGCUGUGGAAAUCAGCAGAGAGAGCCUUUUGCUGCAGGACAGCGACUGUAAGAUGCCUUUGGAGRGCAGGGAUCAGCACAAGCACAGCUUGUCAGCACUGAAAAGCACAAGCCGUAAUGAAUAUAUCCACUCUGGCCUGUACUCCUCUUUCACGAUCAACUCUCUGCAGAACCAGCCAGACCCUUACAAGACAAUCAAAACAGAAAAACUGGAGAAGUCAGAAGGAAACACACCAGUUGAAGAAGUCCGGACUGUUAUCAAAUUUGUGACAAACAAAACAGAGAAACAAAUUAUGAGGCCCGUGGUGCCGUUGCCUUCUACUUCUGAAACAGCAGCUCCCUCUGCUUUCCUCAGCUCUUCAGUAUCAGCUAAAAUAUCUUCCUUAAUGCUACCCAACAGUGCCAGCAUUUCAUCUCCAUCAUCGUCCUCCUCCAGGUCACCAUCUCUGUCUCCCACCUCACCCCUCACUACAGAACACAGGAGCUUCUUCCUUGAGUCCAGUUGCCACGACUCAGAUUCCCUUGAGCCUCUGAACCUCUCCUCAGGGUCCAAGGCUAAAUGCCCAUCUCUUCCCCAAAAGGCUAAAAAACCCAAAGGCUUGGAAAUCUCUGCCCCACCUAUGAUUCUCUCCAGCACUGACAUCGGUUCCAUCGCCCUCAACAGCCCUGCACUCCCUUCGGGAUCCCUGACUCCAGCUUUCUUCACUGCACAGACCCCCAAUGGAUUAUUGCUGACUCCAAGCCCGCUGCUGUCUAGCAUUCACUUCUGGAGCAGCCUCAGUCCUGUCGCUCCUCUGAGUCCUGCCAGGCUGCAGGGACCAAACACUCUGUUCCAGUUUCCAACUCUACUAAAUGGUCACAUACCAGUGCCACUCCCCAGUCUGGACAGAGCCUCUUCACCAGUACUGCUUCCUCCAAAUGCUCAGAAAUCCUGAUGACAGCUCAUCACACCUAGGAUGCAUUGGUGGAUUUAACACUUCAUUCCUAUGGGCUAAUUUUUCCUGUGUCAUGAGAAGGACAUUGUGAAACCCUUUAUUACUUUAGUUUGCACUUUUCAUUACAUGGAUAAUCUACUUUUAUUAUGUUAGCAUUUUUCAACAGUGUUUAUAUAUGAAAGUAUAUAUAAAUCUGUUAUGCAUUAAAUGAAUUAUAAUUUUUUUUAACAUAGCUCUCGAGUGUUGAACAUUUCUGUUGUUGAUGAAGUACUUUUCAUAAUGGAUUGCAACAAUGUAUCUAACAGGGAUGYGAAGCUUCUUUUUAAUCCCUUUUCCUGCAUAUUAUGCAUUGUGCUUGUGUAAACUAUAACCGGCUGUGCCUUCUUUUGCAUAAAGUCAUGUAAAUGAUUUAUAUAUUUUCUAGUAUUAAGAUAAAAAGUUGAAAGAAAAAAACAAGUAUUGAACAGCCCUAUGGUAGUAUUUCAGUUAUUUUCUCCAUGGAUAGGCCAUAUGAUGCAGUGUAUUAAUAUAACUUUGUAUUAAGUGCUUUCAAAUUGUAUAAAAAUAGCCUUGUAAUUUUUCUCUUCUCUAAUUGCUGAAGUGAAAAACGCAGUCCAUGUUACUUACAGUCAGGAGAUGUAGUUCAGAGUAACAAAGACACAUUUACACACUUAUGCCCAUGUUCAUCUGUCAACUUGCAACAGGGAGGAACUGGGCUGUGUAUGUUCAGGAGACAUUUCCAGUAUUUGAGAGUACUGUAGAAAAGGAGACAUUGCUCACAAUUUAUUUGGCCUAUACUUCUACAGCUGGAAAGAGUGCAGRUAAUCUCUGUCCUCCCAGGGAAUGAGGAUCAUUCCCGAUAAUUUCCAGGUGCUUUGUUCAGCUGUGCCAAGUGCCUUCUAUUACUUCCCUGGAAAGACUGUUGUAGCAACUCAAGCUCAGAAGGUCACAUUUCCCCUUCCCCCAAAGCUGGAAAAGUUACAGGUCUGUAAUUGAUGCCUGGUGCUUGCAAAGAGGCAGAGACUGUACAUGUGGGAUGUUUAUGUAUAAACAGCUGAAUUCUGGAUGAAAACAGCACUGUAUUACUGUAUACUUGCAACUUGAGCUUACUGGGUAUGUCCUCUACCUUGAGGGGAUGGCUUAGUCAUCUAAAUGUCGGGUUAGGAUUAGGCCAGACUCCCUGGCACCACRGACUCUAAUCCUGGUAGGGCUGAUGCAAAUCUCCAGUUUUCUGAGGUGGUUAWAUGGCUUGAAUGCAGCUUUACUGUCGGUUUUUCAGAUGAGACCUUAAAAGCCAACCCCAAACUUAUUCCUGUUUGUGACAGGUCAUUCGAACCUCUACUUCGCUUUCUGGCCAAGCAGCUGGCCACGGUCUGUUUUUUUUUAAAUGUAUGCAGUGAGUUGUCUGCUAUUUUCUGCUUGAAUGCAUUUCAGUGAUGAUGUGUGUAGUUAUUUGUAAAGUGCUUUUGAAUCCUUCAACCUGAAAGGUGCUAAAUAAACAUUUUAUUAAUGCAGUUCUGAUGUUGAAAAGCCAUUUUUGGGCCAGAGGUGGUUGACAAAAGACAGCAGGAAUUUUCCUCAGGCUCCUGGGUUGCACAACCAAAAAUGACUGCUCAGUUUUAUCACUUGCAGUGAUAAAACCCUGCUGUAUCCAUGUAAGUAGCUGGUGAUAAACAGAGCCAUUAAAUGCCAGACACRAGGAGAACAAAUGAAGCGCUUGAGACGUCAUUUGCUCGACUCAGCAUUUCAAGAGCUCAAGAUGUGCCACCCCACAGAGUCAAAAAUAGAAGAUGAACCUACGCAAAAUUUAUGAGUGGAUGCAAAUUUUAUAAAAAGUAAAAUCAGAAUAGGUUGGAAGACAUGGCAGCGUGUAACUGACGGGAUUGAUGAGGCUGGUGGAGAUAAAUCACACGUUUUUCUUCCAAUGCAUUCCUCCCAGAUACAGGGAAUAUUUUUCAGUAACUGAGUUAUAGAGAGGCAAUUAUUUCACACUACAGAGCUACCUCUUGCCUAAUUGUUAAAAAACCAUGAAUACCUGCUUACACUUACAAGGCAAGAACAGCAACAUAGAACUUUGUGUCUUGUACGUGCCAGUGUAGCUUAUAGGAGAACCUGGCAUCAAGGCAUGAUAAGGUUCUUACAAUGAAUUUAUAAAGUAAAGAUAUUUACUCCUGAAAAUAGUAUUGACUAUUACACUGCAAAAAAACCCAGAUGAACAUGAGAUGAGGGAGCAUAUGACAGAGAUUCUUAAAAUAACCUGGAUUCUCAUGAUUUUAUUUCUUCCAAGAUUUUACUAUUAAUAAGGCAGAUUUUUUUCUUCUCAAAAGGCUCAACACACCCACACCUUCCCUCCAACCCUCCAGCCCUUGAAUGAUUUUGGAAUGUUUUUUAAAGAUAGCAGAAAACAGCAAUUCUGGGACAAAAUACUAUUUCAAAAAAUUACUGGAAAUUAUCUGAGAGAAUCCAAUGAAACAAUGGAAGACACACAGAAACUGUACUGUCUUCUCAUCUUUUAGAGAAUAAAAGUAUCAAGAGAACACAUCUUCUGCUAGUUGACUCUUCAGUUGAAAAAAAUAGGCUGUUAAAAUAAAAUCUGCCUUCUAAAUCAAYAAGUAAUGGGGAACAAAAAUUUUUUGCUGUUGGGAAGAAUUUAUAAAGUCCAGCCUCUCAAGUCUAACACUUAUAUGAAACACUAGACUGUUACGCCUUAUGCUUUGAAGAAAAUACUCCAUUGGUAAUCUACUGAGUUUUAUUAACAGGUAUCUUUUUAACUGUAGAGAAAAAUCAAAUAAAUG